GGCGUGGUUGAAGACACGAGAGAGAGAGAGAGAAUCCUAAAGAAAAAGCCAAAGCAUAUUAAGAAGAAGAGAACCAAAACGAACAAACCCAACCCUAAAGAAACACUAUUAUUAAACCUAUAUUUAUAGACAUUUAAAGAGAGAGUGAAAGGUGCAGAAGAAAACAGAGACAGAGUUCAAAUACCUUAAGAUCACAUCAUCAUAUAGCUUUUGUAUCAUUAAAAUGGCAGUUCAAGCUCAACACCAUUCCUCCAAUCUCCUCUUCCUCAAUAAAAGAAACGGGAAAGAGAAAGAACAUAGUAAUUUUACAUUACAAUCACAAGCAGCUGGAGAUUUUCUUGAUCAAACCAAUAUGUUAUUCAACAAUGGAAGUUCUAAUCAGAGAAAAAGAAGAAGAGAAACGAACAAUCAUCAGUUAUUACCUAUGCAGUCUCAUCAGUUUCCUCAAGUUAUAGACUUAUCUCUAUUACACAACUACAAUCAUCCACCGUCGAAUAUGGUUCAUACAGGACUCCGAUUAUUUUCCGGCGAAGAUCAGGCACAAAAGAUUAGUCACCUGUCUGAAGAUGUUUUUGCUGCACAUAUCAAUAGGCAAAGCGAAGAACUUGAUGAGUUUCUUCAUGCCCAGGCGGAGGAGCUACGGCGUACAUUAGCGGAGAAGAGGAAGAUGCACUAUAAAGCGCUUCUUGGUGCCGUGGAAGAGUCGUUGGUUCGUAAGCUGAGGGAGAAAGAGGUAGAGAUAGAGAGAGCCACGCGCCGUCACAAUGAGCUGGUGGCACGUGACUCGCAGCUGAGAGCGGAGGUGCAAGUAUGGCAAGAGAGAGCUAAAGCGCACGAAGACGCCGCCGCGUCGCUGCAGUCUCAGCUCCAGCAAGCCGUUAACCAAUGCGCCGGUGGAUGUGUAUCGGCGCAGGAUAGUAGAGCGGCGGAGGAAGGGCUAUUAUGCACCACAAUCAGCGGAGUGGAUGACGCCGAGUCGGUGUACGUGGAUCCGGAGAGAGUAAAGCGGCCGAAUUGCAAAGCUUGCCGGGAAAGAGAGGCAACGGUGGUUGUGUUGCCGUGUCGGCAUCUGAGCAUCUGCCCGGGAUGUGACCGGACAGCUUUAGCUUGCCCGUUGUGUCUCACGUUGCGGAAUUCAAGUGUUGAAGCUAUCUUUUGCUAAAUGGGCCUAAUUCAAGCCCAUUAGGUUGUUAUCGUAAAUAGAACUUAGUAGGUAACACAAAUAUAAAUUUCAUUGGUAUAUGAUAUACCGUAUAUCGAAUCCACUAGCUAUUAAGGAAGCCCUCUAAAUUUUACAACAAAAGAAGUUUUUUUUUUUUUUUUUUACUUUUCAUUACUUGGGAUUCUUUACACAGAUAUGGGAUAUGGAAAUGUUGCUAUUCGUACAAAAUAGUUAACUAAGCUAAGAAACCCAUUUUUGGGGGGCC